CGCGCGCGCGCGCGCCCUGCAGACAGCCCUAGGGUGCAGGACCCAGAGGUGGAAAAAGUUUGAGCUGAAGGGGUGCUGUUCUGGCCCCACACCGGUAACCCUGAAGACUGGGUUCUGGCAGGCAGCCAGAGUGGAAUUCUUAAAGAUAACCUUGAGUAAACUUCUCACCCACUGCCAGAGCUGACUCCCUGAGCUGGUAGCCCAGCUGUCCUGGUGUCUGCCCUCAGAAUGCAUCCUACUUGUGCUCCCCUGAAGCAGUGACUCCGAGCAGUGCCCGGCUCGCCUCCAGGUGGCCUGGCUGAAGGUAGACCCUUCUUCCCUCGAAAGUCUGGCUUAGCCAGCCCAGAGAUCUGGGCUCUGGCCCAAGUCAAGGAAACAAAACCUGGGAGAUGGCAGAGUCUUUUGGCUAGGCCUGCUGGGGAGCUGUUAAAAGACAGAGAAGGGAGGAGCCUUGAGAUUCUGGCUCAGCCUUGGCCUAGAACUUGUGCUAUUAAAAUGUAAAUUUCUUUUGCUUUUGUGAACUGGAACUUUGUCUGCUGGAGGGGCAGCUGAUACGAGUUAUCUAUGCAGAGAAACCUCCUUUACGGAGGAGGGCUUCAAACUCUGAAAGGAGGACAUUUAGCUACCCAGUAGAAGUUAAAGCAGGGGCCAGAGCCACACUUCAUUGGUCAGGAUUCUGAGAUUAAGUCUGGGACCAGGUCAGAGGCCAGACCAAGGAAGAAGGUCUAAAAAACCACCGAAGGAAUGACUCACUACCCACGGCACUGCACAGUGGCCGGCGGCAGGACACACUGAACAGUUACCAGACCCGCCUCUGGGCCUUGGAAGGGCUCCCCAGAGGUCCAGCUUAGCCCCUAAGCACCAUGUCGGACAGCGAUCUAGGCGAGGAUGAAGGGCUCCUGUCACUGACCGGCAAGAGGAAGCGCAGGGGGAACCUGCCCAAGGAGUCAGUCAAGAUCCUCCGGGACUGGCUGUACCUGCACCGCUACAACGCCUACCCCUCGGAGCAGGAGAAGCUAAGUCUCUCCGGACAGACCAACCUCUCGGUGCUACAGAUAUGUAACUGGUUCAUCAAUGCCCGGCGUCGCCUUCUCCCCGACAUGCUUCGGAAGGAUGGCAAAGACCCUAAUCAGUUCACCAUCUCUCGUCGUGGGGGUAAGGCCUCGGAUGUGGCUCUCCCCAGGGGCAGUAGCCCCUCCCUGCUGGCUGUGUCUGUGCCAGCCCCGACCAACAUGCUCUCCUUGUCUGUGUGCUCCAUGCCACUCCACUCAGGCCAAGGGGAGAAGCCAGCAGCGCCCUUCCCACCAGUGGAGCUGGAAUCCCCCAAGGCCCUGGUGACCCCUAGCAGCACACUCACCCUGCUGACUAGGGCAGAGGCUGGAAGCCCCACAGGUGGACUCUUCAAUACGCCACCACCCACACCCCCGGAGCAGGACAAGGACGACUUCAGCAGCUUCCAGUUGCUGGUGGAGGUGGCGCUGCAGAGGGCUGCUGAGAUGGAGCUGCAGAAGCAGCAGGACCCAGCACCACCACUACUACACACUCCACUCCCUCUAGUCUCAGAAAAUGCCAAGUAGGCACCUGCUCCCAGGCAGCUUGAGGUUCGGGCCAGCUGUCCCAGCUUCCUGGUUCACUUCCCUUUCAUACAGAGGGUUAUCUAUGUACGGAUCACUGCCAAGCAUCAGGAUCAUCUCUGUCCAGAGGUCCUCAGCAGAAAGACGCCAGCUGAUGGCGCUGCGCUGCACUGCACUCUACGGGGCCUGUACUCUGCUGAGUGCCAUUUCUUCAAGUGUCCUCUCCGAGGAGACCAAGGCACCAGAGCCAGGCGUGGUGUUGCUGCUGCUGCUUCUCCAGAGAGCCCUGGGACACUGCACUCCAGCCUGCUUUCCUAGGCAGGCUCAGGAAAGCUGCCAAGUUCAGACUUGAGCUGGGUCCAAGCUGCCCCUAAGCUGUGCCUCUUUUGGUUGAGCCAGGUGUGCACAUUCCAACCUAUUCAAAGGACAAAGGAAAUGCCCAGCAGAUGUCACAGAACCGACUCCAGUUGAAUGUUUAGAUUUUUGCUAAAUUGUUUUAUUUUCCUUUUGCUGUGGUUUGUGUUAAUGGCAGUAGGUAGCCCAGAAGCACAGGUGUGGGGAGAGAGCACCUUACAUGGUGGAUGGAGCUUGAUAAGUGGGGUAAUCUAUGGCUGCACAGGAUGAUUGUAUAAGGGACCAGCAGAUUGUCUGCCGUAGUUCUGAGUUCAGACUAGAGUGGUUGUUUAAUUCUUGGUUUGGUUUACCCUAUUAUAAAAGACAGAAGGAAAAUAUCCACAGGUGGUGGGUUAUUUGCACCAGACACAGAGGGGGAUAAAAAGCCACAACCAAGUCCAAGCAAACCAGGCAGCCACUUAAGACACAGCAGAGACACACUUGUUUCUAUUGUAUUUUGGGGUGGUUAAGCUAGACUGAAACAAUUUUGUUUUUCUCUCUGUUCUGGGUAAUCCCCCAACUCCCUGCACCACCUUUAUAGCUUGCUUUGGAUUUAUUCUGGAACUUGGCAAGAAUGUCAAGUGCCAGCAUCUCCUACUUGGGGAAGAGUGAGCCAUCUGCUGGUCAGGAGGCCCUUCAGACAUGCCACUUGUCACAAAGGCAGGGGGAGCCUUCCUGGAGGAGAGAGGCUAGUGCGGCUUCAGACUGGCCCAGCCGCCUGGGAGCUCUGUCUCACUUCCCUACAAGUUGGGAUUGCAAGGGCCUGCCUGCUUAAAUUUCCUGAGGAACAGACCACACUAGGUCCUAAUCUCUUCCCUUCUCCCUGUUUACUUUGCUUAGUUUUCAGCAGCAGUAUACCCCAUCUUUAUAUAUCUUAAGAAACACUAAUCCUAGAUUUUUAUUAACCAAAAUAUUUGUGUUCUGAAUAACCAGAAGCUGUGAGGAGCCCUGGCUGUAAUUUCCUGACGUUUACUGGGUUGUGAGCACGGGUGGGGCUCUUGGAUGUUGACUGACUUGGAGUGCCUGUCCCAGAGGAAGGCAGAAGACCACUCUGGCCUUUCUAGGGAGCCCCUGAUGCUUACCAGGCUUCCUCCAUACCUCUCGAGUGGCUUCGAGCAUCCCUUGCUGUGCAAGUGGGCAGGAGAGACUAGCUAUUUGUAGGGGACUGCUUUCCUAGGCUCUGCCGCCUGCCUCCCUCUGGCUUCCUGUAUUCCAGGAGAUCCAAGGAGCUCAUCUAUCUAUCACCCUGAGGCACUGCUGGGAAAGGAGCGGGGCGGCUUCAUUGAAUUUGUGGUUUUGCCACUUCUACCCCACCUGUUUGUGAGAUCCCGUGACUGCUGCAGGAUGCUGCGGUAGGGGUGAUACUAGGAUGAGGGAUUUUUUUUUUUUCCCCACAGUGCACUGAGCAGAGGAGGAGGGAGGGAGCCAUGCUGCUGACAUAUUCUGGCAUUCCCCCCUCCUGGAAUAAAACAGGGCAUCUGAAGGGUAGAGCAGUCUCUGCUGAGGUUGCUUGUAAGAUAAAUCUGGAGAAGCACGGUUGUCCCAUUGAACAACAUUUGAGCAAAAAACUACUGUAAAUAACUGGUUUUUGUCUUUUGUCAAAUAAAGUUGUUUUGGUUUUUAUGUUUAAAGUCGAACU